GGCGGCGGAACUGGUAGGGGGCCCCGCGCGGCGCCCGCGACCCCCCGGCCUCCAGGCAUGGGCGCCCCUGCGCCUUGCGGUGCGGAGCAGCUACCCGCUGGCCGGUGCGCGACCCCGGAAGGCGGGGGUGCAGAGGCGAGCAGAGCUCGACCGGCCAGGCUUCCACCAUGGACAGAGGCCAGCCCUGGCCCCUCUCAGGCAUCCCAGCUCCGCCUGCCAGGCCCUGAAGGCACAAGGGAUGGUUGAGUGUUGUCUGAGGUCUGUUGGUUCAUCCAGAUUGGGCUCCCUGAGGCCGCCAGGAAGAGCCCCUAACCAACCCCAGGAUUCUCGCCUGGUGCAGUUGUCCAGGACCUCUGAGAGUCUAAGCAGGUCGUGAAGAGAUAGCUGAGAUGCCCUGUAUCCAAGCCCAAUAUGGGACACCAGCACCGAGCCCAGGAUCCCGUGACCACCUGGCAAGCGACCCCCUGACCCCCGAGCUCAGCAAGCCCACCAUGGACCUGGCCAGCCCUGAGGCAGCCCCCACUGCCCCCACUGCCCUGCCUAGCUUCAGCACCUUCAUGGAUGGCUACACAGGAGAGUUUGACACCUUCCUCUACCAGCUGCCGGGAACAGCCCAGCCAUGUUCCUCGGCCUCCUCUUCGGCCUCCUCCACAUCCUCAUCCUCGGCCACCUCCCCUGCCUCUGCUUCUUUCAAGUUUGAGGACUUCCAGGUGUACGGCUGCUAUCCUGGCCCGUUGAGCGCCCCCCUGGAUGAGACCCUGUCCUCCAGUGGCUCCGACUACUAUGGCAGCCCCUGCUCAGCACCGUCACCGUCCACGCCCAGCUUCCAGCCGCCCCAGCUGUCUCCCUGGGACGGCUCAUUCGGCCCCUUCUCACCCAGCCAGACGUAUGAAGGCCUGCGGGCAUGGACAGAGCAGCUGCCCAAGGCUUCUGGGCACCCCCAGCCACCGGCCUUCUUUUCCUUCAGCCCCCCCGCCGGCCCCAGCCCCAGCCUUGUCCAAAGCCCUUUGAAGCUAUUCCCCACACAGGCCCCCUGCCAGCUGGGGGAGAGAGAGAGUUAUUCCAUGUCGGCGGCUUUCCCAGGCCUGGCGCCCACUUCUCCACACCUGGAUGGCCCAGGGAUGCUGGAUGUACCUGUGCCCUCUGCCAAGGCCCGGAGCGGGGCUCCAGGUGGAAGCGAGGGCCGCUGUGCCGUGUGUGGGGACAAUGCUUCGUGCCAGCAUUAUGGUGUCCGCACCUGCGAGGGCUGCAAGGGCUUCUUCAAGCGCACAGUGCAGAAAAACGCCAAGUACAUCUGCCUGGCUAACAAGGACUGCCCUGUGGACAAGAGGCGGCGAAACCGCUGCCAGUUCUGCCGCUUCCAGAAGUGCCUGGCCGUAGGCAUGGUGAAGGAAGUUGUCCGGACAGACAGCCUGAAGGGACGGCGGGGGCGGCUCCCUUCAAAGCCCAAGCAGCCCCCAGAUGCCUCUCCUGCCAAUCUCCUCACCUCCCUGGUCAGGGCGCACCUGGACUCGGGGCCCAGCACGGCCAAACUGGAUUACUCCAAGUUCCAGGAGCUGGUGCUGCCCCACUUUGGGAAGGAAGAUGCUGGGGAUGUGCAGCAGUUCUAUGACCUGCUUUCGAGUUCCCUGGAGGUUAUCCGCAAGUGGGCCGAGAAGAUCCCCGGCUUUGCUGAGCUGUCCCCUGGCGACCAGGACCUGCUGCUGGAGUCAGCCUUCCUGGAACUCUUCAUCCUCCGCCUGGCCUACCGGUCCAAGCCUGCCGAGGGGAAACUCAUCUUCUGCUCAGGCCUGGUGCUGCACCGGCUCCAGUGCGCCCCUGGCUUUGGCGACUGGAUCGACAGCAUCCUGGCCUUCUCUCGGUCCCUGCACGGCUUGGUGGUCGACGUCCCUGCCUUCGCCUGCCUCUCUGCACUCGUCCUCAUCACGGACCGGCACGGGCUGCAGGAGCCCCGGCGGGUGGAGGAACUUCAGAACCGCAUUGCCAGCUGCCUGAAGGAGCACGUCUCGGCCGUGGCGGGCGAGCCCCAGCCAGCCAGCUGCCUGUCACGCCUGCUGGGCAAGCUGCCCGAGCUUCGGACCCUGUGCACCCAGGGCCUGCAACGCAUCUUCUACCUCAAGCUGGAGGACCUGGUGCCCCCUCCACCCAUCGUCGACAAGAUCUUUAUGGACACGCUGCCCUUCUGACCCCAGCCCAGGAACACGCGUGCACUGUGCGUGCACCCUCCUACGCCACCCCACGUGCCUUUAGCCCACGGACCCUCGGACCCUCGGAGCACCCCCACCCUGGCCUGGCCUUGAGCUGCAGACUGGCCGGCCUCCCCACUCACUCUGGGUGGUUGGCAGGGAGCUGACGCCCUGGGGGAGGGGGAUGCACUCACGGGGGUGACCCCUACUAUUUGUCUUACCCCCCAGCCCAGCCCCGGCCUUCAUGUUUUUGUAAGAUAAACCGUUUUUAACACACACCGCUGUGCUGUAAAUAAGCCGAAUGCUGCUGUAAAUACAGGAAGGAAGAGGCUGCGUUGGGAGAGGGGGGUCGGGAGGGAGCGGCGGCCCCCACCAGCCUGGGCGAGCCCUUUCCCGCCUCCUUGCACCUGCUCUCUCUCCUCGCCCUCUUUUCCACAUGUACAGAAACUUACUCUAGGAAGAAGACAAAUGACAGAUUCUGACAUUUAUAUUUGUGUAUUUUCCUGGAUUUAUAGUAUGUGACUUUUCUGAUUAAUAUAUUUAAUAUAUUGAAUAAAAAAUAGACAUGUAGCUGAAA